UAUCGGGCACGGCAGCUGCGAUCGUUUUCAAAUGGGAAGCUCUGUCGAUGCCUCCGCAACCGAAACCGACGGCGACACCACCGAAACCGACAUCGACGUCGACGCCGACAGCGACACCGAUGACUGCCCUCCCCUUUCCGAUUCGUGUCCCUUUUCUGAAGGAGAGAAGGUCCUCGCUUAUCAUAACCUUCGUAUUUAUCCAGCCAAGGUGCGAAGAAUUGAAUUUCAGAUGAAUGAAUGGAAGUAUUUUGUUCAUUACCUUGGUUGGAGCAAAAACUGGGAUGAAUGGGUGGGCAUGGAUCGGCUGCUGAAAUUUAGUGAAGAGAAUGUCCAAAAACAGAAGGCCCUGGGAAAAAAACAGGGCAUAGACAAAACAAAGCCAGUGCGUGCCUCACAGAUUAAGCCAAAAAAUUUUGCAAGAGGCAAGAAGUGGAAGAAUGACUCUGUCACUAAGAAGGAAGCUAUACCAGUGGAGAAGCUUGUGAACAUCCAAAUUCCUCCAACACUGAAGAAGCAACUAGUUGAUGAUUGUGAAUUCAUUACUCAUCUGGGCCAGCUUGUUAGACUGCCUCGAGCUCCAACUGUUGACAAAAUAUUGAAGAAGUAUCUUGAUUACAGGAUAAAGAGGGAUGGCAUGAUAUCUGAUUCGGCUGGAGAAAUUCUGAAAGGGUUACGUUGUUACUUUGACAAAGCAUUGCCAGUGAUGCUUCUGUAUGAAAGGGAGCGUCAACAGUAUCAAGAAGCAAUUGCAAAUAAUGUCUCUCCUUCAACUAUAUAUGGUGCUGAACAUCUAUUACGCCUCUUUGUUAAAUUGCCCGAGUUAUUAUUCCAUGCCAACAUUGAAAAGGAGACAUCAAAAGAGUUAGAAAUGGAAUUACUCGACUUUCUCAAGUUCCUGCAGAAGAAUCAGAGUGCCUUCUUCCUCACCUCAUAUAUUUCUUCCGCAUGAUUAUCAUGUUACAUAUUUUUGUGAGCCGAAGAUGACUAAGCUGGGACACAUGGUGUCUCUAAUGUUCAUAUUCAUAGAUAACAUCAGAACUAUGGGGGCAUAAAUACUUAGUUGCAUCUUUCCUUGUACAAAGUUCCAAAUUUGGGGAGCUGCUUAUGUUUUGUUUAAAUUUGUAAAUUGAUAUGAGCAUGGUAGAUGAGAGGGAUAAAUUAAAGAUAUUUUGGUAUUAAUAUUUUAUACAUGACAAAGUUUUUAUCUUGGGACAGUGACAA